CGAGGCGGAGGAAGUGAUGUUUGAAGCGUGCGACACGCUGUCAGCCUGUGGCUUGCUGCCGGCGCGGUUGCGAGGCUCGCGGAGAAGCGAUGGAGAACCACGAGUUAAUUGAAUACUUUAAGUCUCAGAUGAAAGGCGAUCCUAACAUGGCCUCAGCAGUGGCUGCCAUCCAGACCUUGCUGGAGUUCUUGAAGAGAGACAAAGGGGAGACGCUGCAGGGCCUGAGGGCAAACCUCACCAGUGCCAUAGAAACCCUGUGUGGCGUGGACUCGUCCGUGGCCGUGUCCUCUGGUGGAGAGCUCUUCCUCCGCUUCAUCAGCCUCACCUCCCUGGAGUACUCUGAUUACUCCAAGUGUAAGAAGAUCAUGAUUGAGAGAGGAGAGCUUUUCCUCAGGAGAAUAUCUCUGUCAAGAAAUAAAAUUGCAGAUCUGUGCCAUACUUUCAUCAAAGACGGGGCGAGAAUUUUAACUCACGCCUACUCCAGAGUCGUCCUGAGGGUCCUAGAAGAAGCCGUGGCAGCCAAGAAGCGGUUCAGUGUAUAUAUCACGGAGUCUCAGCCUGAUUUAUCCGGGAAGAAAAUGGCCAAAGCCCUCUGCCACCUCAAUGUUCCUGUCACCGUGGUGCUGGAUGCUGCUGUUGGCUACAUCAUGGAGAAGGCAGAUCUUGUCAUAGUUGGUGCUGAAGGAGUGGUUGAGAACGGAGGCAUUAUUAACAAGAUUGGGACCAACCAGAUGGCCGUGUGUGCCAAAGCCCAAAACAAACCCUUCUAUGUGGUUGCAGAAAGUUUCAAGUUUGUACGGCUCUUCCCACUCAACCAGCAAGACGUCCCAGAUAAGUUUAAGUACAAGGCAGACACUCUCAAGUCUGUGCAGACUGGGCAGGACCUCAAAGAGGAACACCCGUGGGUGGACUAUACUUCCCCAUCCUUGAUCACCCUGCUGUUUACGGACCUGGGCGUGCUAACGCCCUCUGCUGUAAGCGAUGAGCUCAUCAAGCUGUACCUGUGAGCAGAGUCCCUUCUGCCAGCUUGCAGGGAGCACGUGUGCAGGGUGAGCCAUCUGGCUCCAAACUGAACCGGUUGACGUCGGAAGUCCUGGAGAAUCCUUUCAACUCAGCUCUGCCACAUCUGAAACCUGUUCCCAGUUCUAGAAGCAAGCAUCCUUCCGGUUUUCAGAAACUCACUGUCUGUGGAAGUACAAGUUAGGUGACUGGCUGCAAACCCAGGAAGGAGAGCACACGAGUGGGCAGUCAAAGUGACGCAGGCCGCUCUGCAGGGACAGCCACUGAGAAUACAGCAUUGGGUGCCUUACAAACAAGGCAGGAAACACUGCUGGCUGCAUCUGGCUUCAGGGCUCUGUCUCCUCAGCAGGGUCAGGCCAGACAGGAAAAACACCAAUGCCUUCCCAGAAUGCUGCUUACAGAAUGUCUGGACCUAACCUGUCUAUAAAGUAGUUUUCUUUAAACAUGAUUAAGUCCCCAACAGCUUUUGUAAAUUAAACAUGGGAACAGAUCAGGAUCUUUUUUAAUAAAUUAUAUGAACGAUUUGGAUAUGG